AUGGGUAUCUUCGGCACAAAACUCGCCAGGAGCGAGCCUUCCAAUCCUCCGGAUGAAGAGGAGACGCCGCACCUCGAAGUCGACUGGUCCAAGGAUGAGGAGCGGAGGGCGAAGCUCAAGCUCGACUUGAUCAUCAUGCCCAUCCUCACCAUGGGCUUCUUCUGUCUGCAACUCGACCGUGGAAACAUCUCCAAUGCCAUCACCGACACCUUCAUGGAAGACGUCGGCGUCGACCAGGACCAGUUCAACGUCGGUCAGCAGAUGCUGUCCCUCGGUAUCGUGCUCUUCGAGAUACCCUCCAACAUGAUCCUGUACCGCGUCGGCCCCGGCAAGUGGCUCACGCUGCAGCUCUUCCUCUUCGGCAUCGUCAGCACCUUCCAGGCCUUCCAGAACAGCUACGGCUCCUUCAUCGCCACGCGCUUCCUCCUCGGCAUGACAGAGUCGGGUUUCAUCCCCGGCGGCCUGUGGACCCUGUCGACCUGGUACACCCGCAAGGAGACGGCCAAGCGCGUCAUGGUCUUCUACUUUGGCAACCAGAUCGGCCAGGCUUCCUCCAAGCUGCUGGCCUACGGAAUCCUCCAUAUGCGCGGUGUCGGCGGUAAGUCGGGCUGGUUCUGGCUCUUCAUCCUCAUGGGAAGCUUCACCGUCUGCGGAGGCUUCGUCUUCGGCCUCUUCCUGCCGGACUCGUUCAAGAACCCCCGGUCUACCUUUGCGCCUGGUAUCCGCUUCUUCACAGAUCGCGAGCUCCACAUCCUCCGCACCAGGGUGGUGCUGGACGACCCCAUGAAGGGAAAGAAGAAGAAGAAGAUUGACCGCAGCGCUUUCAAGAGGGCCUUCACCAACUGGAGGCUCUGGGUUCACACCUGCAUCUCUCUCUGCAACAAUGGACCCCAGCGCGCCUUCGACACCUACUCGCCUACCAUCGUCUCCGGCUUCGGCUUCCCCAAGCUCACCAGUAAUGCCAUGGCCUCGGUUGGUCUCUGGCUUCAGGUUCCCGUCUCGUUCGCCUUCAGCUACGUCUCCGACCACUACAACCAACGCCCCGAGACCGUCAUCGCCGGCCUGAGCUGCCACUUGCUCGGCAACAUAUUCAACCGCGGCUUCACCGAGUUCGGCGACGACCGCAAGGGAGCCAAGUACUUUGGUAUCGUCUGGACUCAGACCUUUGCCACCUUCUCCCACCCUCUCAACAUUGCCUGGAUGUCCCUCGCCUGCCAUGACUCCGAGGAGCGUGCCGUCGCCAUGGCCAUGGUCAUCAUGGCAGCCAACACCGCCGGCAUCUACGGCGCCCAGAUCUUCCGCGAGUCCGACAAGCCCAAGUACCGCACCGGAUUCUCCAUCAAUCUAGGUGUCUUGUCCUUUGGUCUGUGCUUGGCCAUCAUCCGCAAGGUGGACGAGUUCAUCCGUAAGCGGAGAGGCAAGAGCAUCGGCCUCGAAGCCCCGCGAGACCAGGACUCCAACGAUGAGGAGUCUGGGAAGGGCUCCGUCUCAAAGGUCGGAGAGGUCCGGUCAACGCCGGUGAUUGCCCAUGAGAAGCAAUGA